ACUGCAAAACAUAGAACCCACGGUGCAGAUCCCCUGCUUUCACUUACUCUGCGGGGUCUUGUUCCCGCGCUCACGUCAGUCGAACCGUGUUGCCUAGCCACAGCUAGCUACAUAAGCUCCCUAUCGUGUUUGGGAGAAAAGCAAAAAGGAUGA